AUUUCUGCCAAAUUAUAUUUACUUACAUUAAAAAAGGAAAAACCAGAUAAAAAUGUCACGACAAGCCUCCAGACUCGACCCAAAAAAAGUGUAAGUGUAUUGAGGGCGUAAGAGGGACACGAAACAGAAUAAAAGCUAGCGCUCCCUGCGCACGGUAUGGAUAACCAAUUUAACAGUAAUCGCACUGUAACGACAACCAACAGAAUGAGCACCACUAGCGCCACCAACAACAACAACAACAGCCCCAGCAGCAGCACGAGCACCAAUCCCAAUGCAAGCGCAACAGCGGCAACAGUCAACGUAGGCAAUGCUGCGCAACCCAUACAGGUUAUACCAAUGCCCAUGAUGCCGGGCGGCGCUGCACAGAUUAUAAUUGGCCAACAACCACAAACGCAGUCGGCCGCAGCGUCUGGUGGACUACAGCCACAGCUUAUACCAUUGCAAGCCAAUCAGAUUAUGCUGCAGGCCCAACAGCAACCACAAAUGCAGCUAAUGCAGUUACCCGAUGGCCAAACAAUAUUUUAUCAAGCGCCCACCUUAACUUCGCUUGAUCCCAACGCAGCUGCAGCGGCAGCAGUUGCUGCCCAGCCCACUCCACAUUACUUAAAUAUAAACGGCCAAUUAGUGCAAAUAACACCAGCAGGCAAUGCUAAUCAAGCGACUCCCAACGCCGGACAGCAAAUUAUAAUGGUGCCGCAAACAACGAUGGCAGCGGUCAAUGCAGCAGCUGCCGCCAAUGCAGCCAACAAUGUGGCGCAGAACAACAACAACAAUGUUGUGAGCAAUGUCCAACAGCCGCAACAGGCGCAGGUACAAGUCCAAGUGCAAUCUCCAGCACCUAGCACAGUGACGGCUUCUACAAGCGCUGCCGCUGCAGCUGCUGCUGCUGUUGCUGUAAGCAAUGCCAGCAGCGCCGAUGCCAGCACCAGCACAACGGGUACAAAUACCAACAGCGAUGACGAAAACUCCAAGGGUGAGGCGGAUGAAGAGCCACUGUAUGUGAAUGCCAAGCAAUACAAGCGCAUAUUGAUACGUAGGCAGGCGCGCGCUAAGCUGGAGUCCCGCAUACCAAAAGAACGCUGUAAAUAUUUGCACGAAUCUCGUCAUCGCCAUGCGAUGAAUCGAGCGCGAGGCGAGGGUGGACGCUUUCAUUCUGCUCAGGAGAAGGGAGACCAGUCUGGUGGCUUGGAUGGCGUUAGUCUGCCUAUGUCAACGAGUGGUGGCGCUACACUAAGUCGUGGCACUGCACGUGCCCCUCCCAAGCUAAUAGCACCACACCAAACCCCAAGCAUUACCAUCACAGCCAUUAAGUCGGAAUGACAUAAGCGGAAAAGAAAACAAAAUAUUGUAGAUAAUCCUUAGCUUAGUCUGUAAGUUCUUUAUUUAAGUCUGCAUUGUAUACAAUUCAAAAAAAUAAAUUUUAUAUUUAUUUGACAUAGGCGUGCAUGUCAGCUAAUUGCAGACGGCAGACGCAGACAUGCAGCCAUAUCCAAUAUACAUAUAAAUAUAUAUACAUAAAGCUAAUAUAACCAUUAAGCAGUAGUAAGUUGUCAUAGUUUUAUCUUUGGCUCAACUGCAUUUCUCUCUCACACACACAUCUAUGCCCCUAUGCAUAUACACAGAACUCGGAGUUCCUAACGCUGACCUAU